AUGGAGACCUUCAACACGUCCACCUUUGUCAAUUUCACCCUGCCGCCAAACUUCGGCAAGAGGUCCACAGACCUGGCGCUGAAUGUCAUCAUGGGGCUCAUGCUCUUCUUCAUCAUGAUCUCCCUGGGCUGCACCAUGGAGGUCAGCAAGAUCAAGGUGCACCUCUGGAAGCCCAAGGGGCUGGCCAUCGCCCUGGUGGCUCAGUAUGGCAUCAUGCCCCUCACUGCCUUCUCGCUGGGUAAGCUGUUCCGGCUGAACAACGUGGAGAUGCUGGCCAUCCUGAUCUGUGGCUGCUCGCCAGGUGGGAACCUGUCCAACAUCUUCAGCCUGGCCGCCAAGGGGGACAUGAACCUCAGCAUUGUGAUGACCACCUGCUCCACCUUCUUUGCCUUGGGUCUCAUGCCUCUCCUCUUGUACCUCUACUCCAUGGGGAUCUACGAUGGAGACCUGAAGGACAAGGUGCCCUAUGGCAGCAUUGUGAUCUCCCUGGUCCUGGUUCUCAUUCCAUGCAGCAUCGGGAUCUUCCUCAAUGCCAAGCGGCCACAAUAUGUGCCCUAUGUCAUCAAGGGCGGAAUGAUCAUCAUGCUUUUGUCUACUGUGGUCAUUUCAGUCCUCUCUGCCUUCAUCGUGGGCAAGAGCAUCAUGUAUGUCAUGACACCACACUUGCUGACCACCUCUUCCCUGAUGCCUUUUAUCGGCUUCCUGUUGGGCUAUGUUCUCUCUGUAGUCUUCCGACUCAAUAGACAGUGCAGACGCACUGUGAGCAUGGAGACUGGAUGCCAGAAUGUUCAACUCUGCUCUACCAUACUCAAAGUCGCCUUUCCCCCUGAAGUAAUUGGACCCCUGUUCUUCUUUCCUCUGCUUUACAUGAUUUUCCAGCUUGCAGAAGGGCUUCUGUUCAUUGCCAUCUUCCGGUGCUAUGAGAAAAUCAACCCUCCAAAGGAUAAAACAAAAGUGACCUACACAAGUGCCAAAACAGAAGAAGUUGUUCCAGGAUCUCUGGGAAACGGCACCCACAAAGGAGAGGAAUGUUCCCCUCGUGCAGUCUAG